GGACCAAACGCCUCGCAGGUGGACGGAGUGCUUUGCAGUCACGCAAGACAUCGUCAGGCCAGAUUGGCCAUGUUUCGCCUCCGUGAUGGCUCUGGCAGAACAGUGGGUUACAUGCUACUGGUCUCGCUGCUGUGCAUCAUCGCCAUUUUCGUGCUGACGCGGGACGCGUUCGGCUUGCGCCACGUGCAGCUGUUCUCGCCCAACGCCCUGAGAUCACACGGGCGUCAGAACAGCCAUGUCAACCCAGCUGUACAUGACCCACGCGGGGAGCUCAAACACAAGAGGGUCGAUGCAGGCAGCUUCAUCGAGGUGGUGGUGCCGGGAGACACGGACUCGCUGGCCGGCACGGUGGCCACGGUGAACUCGGUGCUACGCCACACCAACCACUCGGUCUGGUUCCACCUGGUGGUGCCGGAGUCAGCCGUCGCCCAUCUCAGAGCUUGGCUCAGAGAGAUCCCGAACGACCGUCUUCGAUACCAGAUUCUGGUAUUCCCCGAGGAUCUGCUAAAGCUGACAGACCAUGACGUCUCCUCCUCUGCUAGGUGGCGCAGCGUGUGGAUGGAGGGCAUGGCAUCAGAGGUUUCCGCUGCCCAGGCAGUGGGCCGGCCUGCUCUCAUGAUACACCGCGCAGCGGACAUUGCCGGCCUGCUGGCCGUGCCCGUGCUGCCGCACACGUUCGGGGCGUUUCUGAUCGACACCCACUCGGCGUCCAAGCACGCCGAUCCGGCAGACAAGCCGCUCUACGCGCUUCACGUCAACAUGAUGAACCGCUUUGUGCGCCGCCGAAAGGUGAAGGGCUGGCGCAGCACGUUCAGCGGCGCCGCAUUCGUCGCCGACAUCGCGUACUGGCGCGCCAUGCACGCCCAUCGACAGCUCGUCGCCUGGCUGAAAAUCAACAGAAGACAGCCCAUAUACGGUCCGGCGGCCGGUGCCACAGCCACGCACGCCGCCAUGCUCCUGGUGUUCUACGGCCGAGUGUCACCUCUGCCCCCCGGAUGGCACCUGAAAGGCCUCGGAUUGCACGAAAGUGCUUCGUUCUCUGAGGAGUUCGUGCGUGGCAGCAAGCUGAUUCACUGGAGCGGGCGCCUGAAGCCUUGGAUGCCUCAUGCACCGUUCAGAAAGCUGUGGCUCCAGACCAGCGUUCCCGACCCACUGAGGAAACACACCGCAUAACAGAUGGCGCUACAACACCUAAGGUCGCAGUCUCUUUCAGGCGCUUACAUUGCUUAUUCCAAUAUCAGAUGUUAUCAGCCAACCGUUAAGUACGAUCUUCCCAUCUACAAGACUAGAUCAACAUGCCGCCAAAUCAGCAGGUACUAUGACGUCGUCAGUGAUCAGCUGGUACUAUGGCGUCAUCAGUGGUCUUCUCAGCAAUCAGUCACGUCUAGACUAGAUCAACAUGCCGCCGAAUCAGCUGGUACCAUGGCGCCGUCAGUGAUCUUCUCAGCCAUCAGUCACGUCUAGCAGCGACCGAUCCAUCGUCAAGAUCGUGACGCCGCCUAUUUUCUGCAACUGGCCCUUUGUUCGUGGAAUGAACUCCCGACGCCCCGCGCCUGUGGAGCUGCCGGUCUGCUCCGAAAAGCCGCCGCCCGUCUUCAAGGUCAGACGCCGGGCCGGCUGUGUG